AUGGGUUUACCUUCUGCGGUGUUAACGUUUGAACCUCAUCCAUUAUUUGUUUUAUUUAAUAAAAAUCACUUUAAGUUGAUAGAUCAAGAGCAUAAAGUUAGACUAAUUAAUAGUCAUGGUAUAGAUUAUUUAUAUGUCAUUGGCUUUGAUAAAGGUUUCUCUCAAAUCAGCUGUGAUGAGUUUGUAGGUGAGAUUUUAGUAGGUAAGUACAAUGCUAAACAUAUAGUUGUUGGAAAAAACUGUACUUUUGGUAAUAAAAGGUUAGGUAACAUAUCAACACUCAGGAAAUAUACUGAUGUAUAUGGGUAUUCUCUGACUGAAUUAGAACCAUUGAUGAUUAAUGAUAAAAUUUGUUCUUCUUCUCUGAUUAGAGAAUAUCUACAAAGUGGAGCGUUAGAAGUUGCUAAUAGCUUGCUUGGUAUGCCAUACCAAAUUUCUGGCGUAGUGAUCAAGGGUGCUUGUAGAGGCAGAAAAAUAGGAUUUCCAACUAUAAAUAUACCUAUAGAAGAUUGCAUGAUAAAAGUAAAAUUUGGUACAUACUAUGCAAAAAUAGCAUUUUCUAAUUAUGACCAAAAUUGGCUAUAUGGAGUAGUUAACAUUGGUAUGAGUAAAGGUUUAUUGCUGUUCUUUAUUAAUAUCUUAUGCAUUUAA